AUAACAAAACGCACCGUUUCAUCAUCAGAUUCCAAAAACAAUGGAACAAAUUCACGGCGGAGAUUCGAAUUCCGGCGGCGGAGGAGGAGGAGGAAGUAGCCGGAACGAUGAGAUUGUUCGCGUCGCGGUUCGAUACAUUGCCGGAAGAUUGUAUCUCGAAGGUGAUUUCACAUACGAGUCCACGAGACGCUUGUGUUGUGGCUUCGGUUUCGAAAACGGUGAAAUCGGCGGCGCAAUCGGAUUUGGUUUGGGAGAUAUUUCUUCCGUCGGAGUAUUCGUCUCUUGUUGUUGCUCGAUCGGCGAAUCUGUUAUCGAAAAAGGAGAUUUUUUUAUCUCUCGCUAAUGAUUCUGUUUUGAUUGAAGAUGGCAAAAAGAGCUUUUGGUUGGAGAAAGCUAGUGGGAAGAAGUGUUUCAUGUUAUCAGCAAUGGAUUUGACGAUCAUUUGGGGAGAUGCUCCUGCUUAUUGGCAAUGGAUUACAGUUCCUGAGUCUAAGUUUGAGAAAGUAGCGGAGUUGCGUAAUGUGUGUUGGUUUGAGAUUCGGGGAAAGAUAAGUUGCGGAAUGUUAUCGAAAGGGACUCAUUAUUCGGUUUACGUGGUGUACAAGACGGCAUAUGGUAGAUCAUAUGGGUUCGAUUCCGUACCUGUGGAAGCUGGAGUUGGUUUCGUGGGGAAAGAAGCUACCAAGAAAUCAGUGUUUCUUGAAUCCGGUGUGGAUUCACGCAGCGGUUUUGGUUACUCGGGGAUUUCGCACGCUGCGGUGUCUAGAGCGUUUAGGAUGAGGCGUCCGUGGCUGCGGGUUCCGAGAGAAGAAGAAGAAGAAGAAGUUGAAGGAGAGAGGGAGCGUGGUAGUAAUGUGGAGGGGCCAAAGGAGAGAGUAGAUGGGUGGAGUGAAGUGGAGCUUGGGAGGUUUUUCAUUGACAAUGGAUGUUGUGAUGAGAUUGAGAUUAGUCUAAUGGAGACUCAGAAUGGAAAUUGGAAGAGUGGUUUGAUUAUUCAGGGAAUUGAGAUCAGGCCUGUCUGAAAGAAGACACUAACUGAUUAGAUUUUGUGUAUUUGAACUUAAAAACUUGUCUAUUAAAUGUCUCGAGUUUACUUACAGUUUGGAGUUCUUGAUAUGAAAUAGCAAAGAAAUUGAUAAAUUAUCG